AUGGCAACUCCACCAAGCGUAUCAACACCAAUCAAAUCACGUGGUCUUACAUUAUUUGAUCGUCAAGCACAAUUACAUGCUUACGAUUCUGAGAAACCAUCAAGUCAUCCAUCAACCACUACUUUUGACGUGCCUAUACCACAAGUCAAGCCGAUCUAUUCGGCAUUAUCAGCACCUGUUUCAACAUCACCUGUCAUACACCCUCCGCCUCCGCCUCAUCAUCAUCCACAUUCACCAGUACUUUUUCGUCAUCGAUCACCUGAAUCAUCUUCAGAAUAUGAUUCACAUUCAAAUACUAAUAAUAAUGUACAAUUAAUUGGUGUUUAUCCUCGACUUGAAUCAACAAUAUCUACGAAAGAAUCUCCAAUAUCUUCAUCGAAAACAUCAGAACAAAUACUUGAAACUGAUUUUCCAUUAAUUGAAACUUCUGCAAUACAUGAAUCAGACCUAUCCGGUAAUAAUUUAAUCCCAAGUAAUUCAUUAUGUUGUGCUAUGAUUGAACAAGCUUUUGAUUAUUUAAAAACCCAUGAUGACAAUGAUGAUGAUGAUGAUGAUGAUAUUCAUCGAAAAAAUUCAGCACAAAAUGAAGAUGAUCCAUCAUACGAUGCCGAUGGUUAUAAUAAUGAAGACAAUUCUGAUGGGGCUGAUAGUGUAGAUACGAUCGAUCUCGAUACGACAGCAAGUACUAAUCAUCAAAAUGACAUCCGAUCUAAUUAA